AUGGUCAAUGUUAAAUUUAAUACGAACCUUACGGAAACUACGGUGCAAGAAAUCAUCAAUGGUUUAAAUAAUGGUGAAAUGAAUGAACUUUUUCAUUCUUUUGAUAUCAAUCAGUUACUCAAUCAUUAUAUGACAAGUUCAGUAAUUGAUACAAAAGCAACUUUGUACAAUGAUUUUGUUAAUCAUUGGGCAACUCAUCAUCGAACACAUCCAUGUGCAGCAACAAGAAAGAAUAUAGAUCCUGGCUGUAUGAGAUGUUUUGUCUUGGAUGGCAUGCAAAAAGUUGUGAGACCAAUUUGUACUAAUAAGAAUAAACAGGAAUGUACCGAAGAAUUUCCUGAUGGAAUUUACAUUGGCUGUGGUAACACACCGAAAACAAAGUCCGGCUUAUGUGAAUCAUGCCGUGAAUCUAUUUUAUUAAAAGAUAGUGAAACAUCUUUAUUAACUGAUGAUGAUAAAGGGAUUUAUGAUGAUCCAUUGAUGGGAUGCAAUGUUUCUAGAGAAGAUCGGUAUGUUGGUAGUAUAUCGAUAUUAGCAUAGAUAGUUUUUUUCUAGUUUCGUGGACCUAGAAAAGCGAUCCUCACAAGGUAUUAUUUACACAUUGUCUCCGUGUGGAAUAGUUGUCGGCUUUGAUGAAAUUUUUCGAUCAGAAUCUUGUUUUAUCGCUUUACGGCAUUUAUUCAAAAUUAUACAUGUUAUCAAUAGUCAAUAUCAUCAAUACUUACCAAAAAUGAUUAUUUAUGAUAACGCUUGUAGCUUAUAUAUCUACUUUUGGAAUCGAUAUGGGAAAAGCGAUCGUAAUCGACAUAUUCCACAAACAUCAUCAUCAAAAUUUAUUUCUGAAUGCUCCUUCUUCAUCGAUCGAUUCCAUCAACCGAAUCAUAAACGGCCUAUGUGCCAAAAAGAAAGAAACUUAGACUAUAUUCACACAGAUGCAGCAGCUAAAAGUAUUAACACUGAAGUUGCGGAACAAAGAAAUAGUGUCUUGAAACAAUAUCACAAUGCCCUAUCAUCUUAUUCAUCAAAGAAAGCUCGUAUUGCUUAUUUGGUAUUAUUCCAUCUUAUGAAUUGUGAACGUAAUACUUGUGAUAAUCAAUUCGAAUAUAGUCGAAAAUACGUAAAAGGUGAGUUUUGCGAACAGUCCUGAAAAAUAUUUUCUAAAAACCAGAAAGAAAAGAUAAAAAGGCCACCAACCCACAAUUGGUUAUAUGUUUUUUAUUUAGGCUCCUCUUCGUCGACAUG